AUGUCAUAUCUUAAGUCAAAAACACGGCGCAUGAAAUAUGACAAAACUUCAAUAGAGUUUAGAAAAGAGUACGAACGCUUAUCCAAAAAAUCAAAGGGGGAAUACGAAUCCUUGGGAAAAAAUGAUAAAACAGAAUUGUUUCUUCGUGAGGGUCUUCCUGCCCAAAAGCCUGGCCCAAAAGUUAAUAAAGAAUUGACUCGAACUCAAGAAAAGUCGUCAAAAACCAAUGUAGAUCAAAAAGCUUGUCUACAAGUCCAGAAAGAUGACUUAGGACAUGAUACUAAGACUAAAAACAAACCACGGAGUCCUCGAGCUUCAGGGAAAAGUAGAAAGGAAGUAAGGUUGAGAAAGGCAGAAGAUAUGAAAACAAAACCGCGUCUACAUGAACAAGGAGUGGUUUCAAUACGACCUCAUAAUCCUGACCUUCAAGUUGUAAUGCAAGGAACAAAAAUAGAAACGAAAUCUGAGGAUAUUCAAGGUGAUGCAGAAGAAGGGAAGGUAAUUACUAAAUCAUAUUUGGUUGUAUUGGUACAAGUUUACUACUGCAUUUAUACCUUUGGAUCCUAAACACUUAAAGGGGGGGGGGGGGUGAAUAGGUUUUUGGAUCGUCGGAUUUCACUGAAAAAUUGUUCGGAUUUCGGAUCUGGCGAAUAUUUUACACGGAUUUGCGGAUCUUAUUAAUACAGCGGAUUUAUCUAAUAUAUUGGCUCAGAUUGUGGAUUUAGCUUGCAAUUUAGUUCAGAUCCUGGAUUGUGACUUCAUAGUAGAGCUUUUAGCGGAUUCGAAUUUAGAAAAGACCAUUGUCGGAUUGCGGAUUUUGCUUCAAAUUUGGGUGGAUCAACAGAUUUGUAUACCCCUAUUCCCCCCCCCCCCCCAAACAGGAUGCUAUUAAACAAAAUCCUACUAGCUCAGGAUAGGAUCCUCAGAUAGACACCAGGGCCCUUUCACUGGUCCCUUUGCAUAAAGUCGCCAAUAUGUCAAUUGUCAAAACAACAAGAGACUGGGUGGCAUGGACCUGACUGGAAUGUUUGGAAAUUGCAUGCUGGAGAUUUAGAGAAUUUAACAGUAAAUAUAUAGAAAGCAUCAAAAUUGCAUGCCAGAGAUAUCUGCCGUGCGACACAAACUUUCCACACUGGGGCAUGGAGAACAGUGGGAUUUUACAGUAAAAACAAUGAACAGACAAUUAAACAUUCCGAUCUGAUUGUUAUUGCAUGUCACUAUUGUUAUGCAUCCCUCCUUUUAUUAUAUUAUUUUGUUGAUAGCCUCGUAUGUAUACAGAUGUAUGAUUUUGUUUCAAUUUCGUCUCCUUCUUUAUUCAAAAUUUAGCAUGACAUCUAUGAGCUAGAUUAUGCUGACAUGUUGCAGUUUUAUCGACCAAUGUCACCUUUCAACAUCCAAAGCAAUGAACUUCCUGCAAAGUUUGCUAUAACAGGAUCUCAGAAUACAUCCAUGCCUGUUUCAUUGGUUCCAAGAAAACUGCCAGAAGAGAGAGUAUCAAGUUCUGCCACAAGUAGAGGCACAAGAUCAUUUGAUGACGAUGAACCAUUUAUUUUACCAUGGUAAGAUAAAGGUGCAGAAAAAGGUGUUUUUUCUGAAGCCCUGUGUCCAUCGUUGAAAGAUACAGUAGAUAUCUAAUGUUAUUUGAUCUUGGAGUUAUGUCUUAGAGAGGAUUCUUUGUAAAAGCUGAGGACUGGUGUGGCCUGGAUUAAAAGAGAGAUAUACACUGUGUAGUUAUCUAUUAAACAAGAGAUAUUAAUCAUUUAAAUAUAUAACCAUUUUCUUUUCAAAGGUCAUCAGGAAGUAGCUCAGCGAAGACCUCACUUGGUCGACAUUCUUCAAGCCGGGCAACAUCGCGAGGGGAACAAACGGAAGAGCAGAAUACGACAGAUGUUAAUCAAUACAAACCCAAGUUCAAAGAUGUUUUAUUAGGGCUACGUUCAACACCAGGUGGAGAAACGCUGAGUGUAUCGCAGCUCAUUCAAAUGAAAUUGAAACAGAUAACAAGUGGAAAUAUUGACACAGUAGAGCUGGAUGGAUCAACACACAGCUUAGAUGUUUCAUCAUCUAAGGACCUUGGUGUGUCAAAUGUGUCUUCAGGUGGGUUGGGCUGGAUUGAGUUUUGUUACAGUACAUGUUCCGACUAAGAGCGAAAAUAAAUUGUGCAAGUCUUUUUCCUUAUUAACUAGUUGUAGCCUGUAGGACGUUAUGUUUGGAGAGCCUCGCUUUCGUGUAUGUGACAUUGGAUAAAGCCCUACAUCGCAAUCAUGAAAACGAGGUUCUAUAGCCAAGAUGACGUAGUUUGUGGAAGCGUAUAUUGCGUGCAGUGAAUUUGCGUGGAUAUAUUUUGCCCACAAGACAUAGAUAAAGCAAUUACACAUGCGAAAAAACCAGGUUGUAAUGUCUUUGUCUCUUGUCGGAGCUCAAAUGACGACCGGUCAACAGUCAAUAACUGGCCAAAUUUUUUUGUAUGACGGGGUCAAAUUCGUUCGACGUCGGUUCAAAUGACCAGUCACAUUUUAGGUCUUGAAAACGAGAUCUUGAUUUUUGACGUAUUGUGGACCCAAGGGUUUUCUUGGUAUUAAUUAAACAUUUCUUGGUAUUAAACGUGUUUGAAUCUUGCCAAAACGAUUUUUUCGGGAAUGCUUCCUCGAAGAUGAAACGGAGUUGACCAGUCAGAAAUAUGGUGUUUGACUGGUUGCAAAUGGAACCCAAGCAUCACCGUGAUCGGCGUAAAAUGAAAAGUUUUUCGAGUCCUGCUUGUGAAUUAUUUGUUAUCGGUUGUAUCUCCAGAAACUCCUGGCAAAGAGGUUGAUAUUGGAGAGCUAAGUGAACAACCUGCAGAUGACAUUGAGGAAGAGGACAAGGAGGAGACAUUUCAUGAAACUGUUGGUGAAGAUGUUGAUAAAGGAAUGAACGAGGUACUGUUGCUGUAACAUUCUUAACAUAUCGUAAAUGAUUGAAUAAAUACCCACUUUCCAAUAAACGCCCUUCUCUAAUACACCCUCAUUAUCUAAUAAGUUAUCAAGCCCCGUUGGGGGAUUAGAAGGUUUUCAGGGCGUUUUCAAAAUAGGCGUACAGACCUACAGUAUGAUUGUAUGUCGGAGCAUACAACCACGUACAGCAUUUCUGAAGCAUUUUAAAACCCCUUCACAGUACCUAGUAUGUACAUGUAAGUAGUUAGGCUUUUUCGUCCACUAGAAGAACGAGGAAGACACCGUAGUGAAGGAGCAAGAAAGUCGUGAAGAUGAACCUGUUGUCAAUGAAGGAAAACGUGACAUCGUCGACGGUGAACACGAUUUGGGUCAGAAAGAUGACUUAGUCACAGAUGAAAAAAAUAAACUAAAACUUGGUCCUACUCAUGACGAUCUUCAGCCUUCCUUGCAGGUUUGAACGAUCAUUUAUUCUGGUCCUAGUAACGGCUCAAUACCCGCCAUGUUUGGGCGUACAGUUUUCCAUCGUAAAAGAAUCUAGGCAAUUACAACAAUGUCAUUGUGAAAUGUGACUUGAAGUUAAUGUAACUAUAAAUUUGCCAUUUUACACACAACUACAAUUAUAAAAACUGUUUUUCACGGUGCGCGCGCUUGGGAGAGACUAAUUAGCCUUUCCCACGAUGACGAAUAUCCGCCAUUUUUUGGUGGCAUCUAUUUCUCGUUAACCAAUGCAGACAAUUAAAACAAUGUGAAAACAAAUUUUCAAAAUAAACUAACCAUUUACAAAUAAAAUUUACCAUCAUUCGUCCAAAAAAUGAUAAAAAUUCGCCGUUAUGUGGACUUAUCUCGCAGACUUCGGCUGAAAUGCCACCCAAAAAUGGCGGCGUGAGAAAGACUAAUUGACUCGAGUCAUUUACUGAAAAAUAGUUUUCUGACUGGGCUGAAUACUCCAAUGCAGGAUAUCCAAUUCACCCCAUAUUGCCUCUCGUGGGGCUCGAAACAAUCGCAAUAGCCCCGUGGUCAACGCUCUGGUGACGCAUCUCUCACAUAUUAAGGUGUGUUUGUGGGUUUUUCAAUUUCCUUCAGGAUCUGUUGCUACCACUAAAUGUCACAGCAUCUGACAUAGUGAGCAUUUCAGGCAAGAAAGCAGAGUUUGUUGAGAGACCAAGCGUUCAAAGUAAAUAUAUCGUUUCAAGACCACAGACCACAUUUGAUGCCCAGAACGAAGUUACCUUUCUAUCAACUUGGCAAGACAAAGAAAAAGCUAAUUUGAUUAAGGUGAGAUGACGAGAUCUUAGUUUCGAUAGAAAAACGUAUACAACUGUCUUUUACCGUUGGGUGAAACUUGUAUGGUUGGAUCAUGCAAGGGUGGUACUAGCGCAUGUCUUGAUACUGUCUUGAACAGAUAGGUGAAAGUGACACCACUAUAGCCCAGCCCUUUUUCUACAAAAUCUCCAAGUUGAAGGAGGCGUACUUUAGCCGUUAUCAGCUUUUAGUAAUCCUGCGAUUGUUUUACAAGGAGUUUCAAGCAAUCUUUUGAGACUUUAACACAAGGGCAGAUGACGAUCAAACAAAAAGAUUCUUUAAAUGCCCUCCAUGUGCACUGAACUAGACACUGAUGAAAGCCUUGUUCUGCUUACAGUGUACGUUAAUCUUUUAACCCAUUGAGUGGCAGCACUCUUCCCCUGACAAGUAAAUAUAAUCGUAAUGUAAUCAUCUGGCGUUAGACAGAGUAAAAUAUCUGGGCGCAUUGCCUGUCUUAAAGGGUUAGGAACGAAUAUUUUUUUAUUUCGGUUUUAGGUCGGUGAAAAAGCAGGAGUGAAUAUCCACCAUUUCUGUUCUCAAACGAACAGUGUAGAAUUACCAGCACAUCUAACUCGUGUUUCCAGAGAUAUGCAUACCGUGGAUAAACACAGAGUUGUGUCUGACCGUUACAGGGAACCACAGGUAUACAUAGUUGUAGUAGUAGAUUUCUGAAUUCAGUUUUAACUAGCUUCAACAGAGCGCGAGAUCAAGCACAACAGCGUACUUCUCUCCAUAGCACUUUAAUUGUUCUGGACAGGGCUUAAGAGUCAACAUCUCACAACUUGUCAACAAGAUGUGUUUGCAAUAGGUUUGUAGCAAGCUUGUCAACAAGUUGUAGCAAUGCUGUUACUUUAUUAAGUUGUUACAAGGUUGUCACUCGCAACUUGUUGUCAAAUUGUUGGAUUACAGGACCAUAACAAGUCUGUUGAACCCAACAAUCUUGUAGCAAGUUGCCAACAAGCCGUUGCUAACUUGUCAACAAGCUGGGAACACGCAGUGUGGACACAUCUAGAUACUGUAAAAAGUUGUUGAAACAGCAUUGGUAUACAAGUGUGCGGCAGGGUUGUUGCAGCUUGAUUUACGGUAUAACUAUAGCUUCAUUUAUUUUCACGUCUUCCUUGUUAAGGAUCCACUUCCUCGCGUGUUUCCGAUAUCUGAUGCUCUUUUACAAUGUUGUAAACAUCUGGACACAGAUAUAGACUGGGAACAGGCUGCCGGUGACUACGAAUUUAAAAGAAAGUUAUCAGAAGUUGCUCGUGACAUCCUUAAGAAAGCAGGAAGCGAAGAAGAAACUUUGGAAAAUUUGCAGAAAAUCGCCAAAGAGCUGGUAAGAAAAACCAAAUAUAACUGUAGUUCGAAGAUACGAAGGUUUUACACCCUUACUUCCCGAGUUCAUGUCAGGAAAACAGUUCUUGAGAAAUUCAUGCAAAAAUUUUUUUUAUUAGUUUUCAGGCAUUCCUGAGGAACCUCUGUCUGUUCAAGGGUUGAAAAUUGAUAUAAAAGAUGAUUCAACAAGGUAUGUAUUUUACUGUCCACGAUGUAUAGCUAGCUGUUUCCCGUAUAACGUCGCAAUUUGGUACCUUGGGCUUGAUACGAGAAUAGACUGUCGAAACUUUGGGUCAUUCAUUUACUUAAAUUACAGUCAAUGUGAUUAGAAGCGAACUUUCUCUAAGCCUCAUUUCAAUGUAAUAAUUUUCUUUUUAGUAACGACCAGAAGGCUUUUUUAAAAAAAUUUAAUAAAUUGUAACAAAACUCCGAAACGUUGUUACAAUUUAUUAACUUUUUUUAAAAAAGCCUUCUGGUCGUUACUAAAAAGAAAAUUAUUACAUUAAAUUACAGUGUUAUGCCUGAUUACUGCAUGUGAACUCACAUGUUUGUAACGCCUUAUAUUUUAAACCAUAUCCCAUUUUAAAAGUUUUUUCAGAUGACACAAACAUUUUUAUUGUCAUUUUCCUUUGAUGCAUACUGUAUUAUUAUCCUUGGUAAGGUUUUACUGGACACCGGCGCCACCUAAACUCCACCUCUUUCCAUCAACCAUCCGUAAUCAGAUGUUCCCAGCUUAUCAAGGAGCACCUGUAUGCCAGGCGAGCUCAGAGACUGAGUACGAGACUGUACAGGGGACACUAGAGGAUUCCGAGGACGAUGAGGACAACUGGGAUAAUCUGGACCCUGAAGAUGUAGAGGCAAGACAAAGGUGGGUUAAUGCAGACGAAGGGACGGUAGUUACAUUCCUACCAACGAAAGCUUAUUCAUAUUAUUGGGGCUACCAUGGAUAAUAAAAUAAAUGGAUUGGAAACUUCUGACGUCAUUGACUGCAUCCUUGUUGAAAAACGUGACGUCACGCGUAUUGCGAAUGUUACCAAAGUUCUCGGCAUAUUUGUUGUUUUGCUAUAUUUUCCACUUUAAAAGGGUGAUCUUGAAGCGUAAACUGGUCUAAUUGUUUUAAAAACAUGCCUACGCCACGACAAAGUAUUCAAGGUAAAUGUUUUUCGUCUUUGUUUUGUAUUUUUUUACAUUUGUAGCUACGAAAUUGGCGUCACAAAUUUUAACGAAAUUUGCGAUGUAAUUUUCACUGUUUAGUGCUUGAAAUAUUUGCUAAAAUUGACUGGGAAUACUUAGAGUUUUCAUCGUAGAAUGGCGUGGUUACAUUUAUUUGCUCUUUGACUAAAACGUUUAGCUGUAUUAUUGCUAAACAUGCCGUUUUUGAGAAUUUGAUUUUCAACUAGGUUGAGGCAUCCAACCACGCCAUCAAUCCCAGUAAAAACAUUAGGUCACGUCAGCUAGUUUCCUAUCCAUUUAUUUUAUUAUCCAUGGUGCUACCUACACUGGCACGAACAGUUCAAGAUUACUAUGGAAUGGAUCUUCUUUGGAAAUACUGUAGUAUUGAAAUCCAAUUUUCAUACUAAUUGCAAUUUCCAUACUCUGGAUAUAGUACGGAAAUAGUAUGGAAAUACUAUGGAUUUUGUGAUGCAAUCGCAAAUUUCACAGUAUAAAUUUCACAAUUUUUUCCAGUGUUUUUCGUGUUUAGAAAUGCCAACAACUACUGUACCUGGGAUCUAGAGAGAUUUACAUGUAUAGAUGUCGAGUGUUGGUGUGAAAACUAUUGAGCUUCAUUUCCACCUUAUCCACGUGUCACGAAAACUUUGUUUCCUUUGUUUCAGAGUUCUACAACGUACUCAUGGUUCACUUUCUAAUAUCAUGGAUCAAUUGUCCCGGGGGCCUGCAAAAGCUACGAGUGAGAGUCUUCUUAUACCGCCUGAAGAUUUGGAUACGAACAAAGGUACAUUAAUUUUGUAGUUAGAAAAAACUUUUUUUCACAUUUCUAGAAUGAAGGGGAAAUACACUGGUGUUCAAAAAGAACUUCUCACGUUAGGAAUCCGCACACAAGCAUAGCUUGUGGCAAUAGUUUUCCAUAACGUCUAUGCAACAGAUGUGUCAGGUGCUGGCCUUUGUAAAAGACACUAUAUGCAAUGCUCGUAUUUUUAUAAAGUAAAAAGCAUAACAAACGAAAGUGAAAUGACAUAAAGUGAAGGAGAAAAUAUUUACUAUAAACGAGUUUUAUUUCAUCCCAGGAGAUAGCGAUGAAGAAACUCAAUCAGAGAGAUUUUUAUCAGUUUUGGACAUCCGUCGUCAAAUGGCAAAAAUCAAGGAUUCUUUGAAGAGUACAGUUGUGGUAGAUGAAGAGUCUGACGAUGCGGAGUUGUUCUCUGGGGUAAAAAAAGAAAGGUGAGAUAAUCUACGAUGUUGGCUAAAUGUUGACCCUCCCUCCCCCCCCCCCCCCCCCCCCCCCCAGAAAGCGCACCACCUUGGCUAUAGGCUGUUUCCCGCGCACCACCUUGGCUAUAGGCUGUUUCCCAUUACGGUCGCUUUGCCGCGCGGGACGAGCGAACAUUUUUGAACAUGCGCUGUGUAGCUGUCCAGCUUGACAAAUGAAACUUGAUUAACAUCUUCCAACAUCAGCCAUAUAACAUUACCAAACAUAAUAUUCAAACAUUACCAAACAUAAUAUUCAAACAUUACCAAACAUGUCCAACACUGUAGGGUGAUGUUAGACGGACAUGUUCAGUCCUUUUUUCGAUUAUCAUAUUUUAAAGUUUGUUUUGCGUUUUAGGAGACAGCACUCGCAACCUGAUCUCAGUAAUGAACUUAGCUUGUGUUUUGAUACUGGCUACACCAUCAGUAUGCAAGAGGUAGGGAAUUUAUGCAGAAACUUAGUUUUUAGCAUGUAUUUAAAAACUUUGUGGUUUACGAUGUGGUUUAUUACAGUCAUCGAUCUGCAAUAUAUUAAUAUACGGAUGACAUCAUGUAUGCAUAUCUGUUUUCAGCUCGACGAACAAAUGAACGUAGUUGAGAGCAUGAAAAUGGAAAAGAGCGCGCAAACUCCUGCAAGCGAGACAUUGCAUUCUCCAAAGGUAGUGUAUAUUUCAAAAUGGUCUAAUUAUUAAUUAUUUCAGUAUGACGAUCUUGUUAGUCUUAACUUUGUGUAUUUUUAAGACUGAAAGAUACGAAAAGCAUGAUUCAUUUGAUCUCUCGUCUUCGGUGAAUGCAGGUACGUUACAGUUACCAUUACCUUGUAAUAUUAGAGAGGUGUGGGUACGUUAUGCCUGACAAGAGGGUUUGGUCAGAAGAUAACGUACUGUAAUGCAGGAGUUGGCCAAAAGGGCCCUCGGGAAUAGCGCCGAAGGAACAAGUAUAUAUAUCGAGUUUCAAAUGCGCGAGACGCCAAGGGGGUAUGAGGAAAUUUGCCAUUAUUGAGUAUUUGGUACAUUUACCCGUCAAAAAUGCUGUUUUCAAUCCUCGUGAGCUUAUCAUCCGCCCCCCUCCCCAUUAGUUAUCGCCCUGUAACGUUGGCUUACGGUAAAACGCUAGUGGGUAGUCAUGGAUGUAUUAUAGGGAGUAUUGUUGAGUAUAAUUGUAAUUUUUUGUUAGAUUCAUGUCCAGUGGAGCAGGCUGACAAAAUAGACGAAACUGGGACGGAUACGGCAUCGAUGAUUACGACCACAAGUAAAGCUGUCUUCUCCACAUCAAAACCUGGGUAAGAUCAUUACUUGAAUCAAGUUAACAGAUAGUCUAAUCACCGUAAUCUAUAAGAUAUAUAACAUGAGGGAAAUGCACCCAAGGAGUCUCGCCUCGAGAACGAAAGUAAAGAGAGUAUAAGAAAGUUUAGAGAUUAAGCAAAUGUUAUAAACGAGCCUUCUCCUUGUAACCUAACUACUACAGUAUGGUCAAAGUUGCUAUAUCAUUCUACCCAAUUCACAAUAAUGGAUAACUUGCAUCCCUAGUUGGUAUUGUUAUUUACGAAGUCAUACAUUAGUCGAGUAAAGGUAAUUAAAAAGUUGAGUUGUGUAUACGAGUUAUGCGUUGAAAUUUCUUUCCAGAAAAAUUUCCCGCAAGCCUCAGCUAUCUUAUGGAAAGAGAGGAAGAAGAGAUGUCCCAAACGAGAAAGAACGGGCUAGGAGAAAGAAAGUAAGAAAUAAGUUUUUUUUGAGUGCGGAAUUUCACUUUACGAUUCUUUUAGUGGCAAAAAUUUAAACAAGUAACUUUGGCAAUUUUCAGAUAAAUUACGAUCUAUCGGUGACUUAUUUAAGUGCACGUAUCCUUGCAAACUAUGGCUCAGAUAUUUUCGAAAACGAUCGUUCUCCCUCUGAAGAAUACGGAUCUUUUUGUUUAGAUAAUGAAGAAGAAAGUACAAGAAAUGCUAAAUGAGCCACCUCGAGUCAUUCAGAGGUAGAAAUAUGUCUGUCUGUGUGAAAAAUAGUCGAAUAAUAGAGCCAUUUAUACGAGGCCAGAAAUUAAGUGGCGCGCUGUACUAAGACGCUGAAGCCAUAAUGAAUACACAAUUUAUUUAUAACUAAAGUAAGUCACGGUUAAAAUAGGAACAGAGGUUCUGACUGGUCCACAAUGAUAAGUGGCAAUUAGGAUAAGAUUACCACUCGUAGUACUCGUCAGUAAAAACGUUUUGUACUUUAUUUAAGAAUGCUUCAGUACGAUUUUAAAUAUGUAUUUGUCGUAUCAUUUAUUCAACAGAUCAGAAUCCUUGCAAUUUCUAUCCAGUGAAAGGUAAACUAUACGUAUCCUAUUUCCUAUACCCGACUUCAUAUCAAUUUACGUUCUACGGAAAUUUGUCAUUGUGAUUCCAUUUCUAGAGUUCAGGAUUGUUCCUGUUUAUUCCAUCAAAAUUUUUGUACUGUCGAAAAUACGAAUUGUUUCAAUUGCUAUUUAUAGGACGCUCACCCGUUCACCAAGUGUGCCUUGCUUAUUCAAUUAUGAAGUAUUAGAUCACGAAGAUAUGUAAGUACAUCUAUUUUAAUAUAAUGACUGAUUUUGAUCGACUGUUAUGAAAAUAGAUACAUAUACUAAAAUGGAUGAGUACCAACGACUCUCUCUGCACAGCAAAGUACUGUAUAGCACAGCGCAUCACACCACACCACACCACACCACACCACACCACACCACACCACAACACAACACAACACAACACAACACAACACAACACAACACAACACAACACAAUGUUGAGUGCUGGUGGUACAAUGGCAGGUCAUUAGGUAGGGAGAUUCAGAUUUGAAUAAGUUUAAGUUUUUGUCUUCAGGUCUGGUGAUGAUUUGUUUUUCUGGGUUCAAGAUGAGUAUUGGUACAAAUGGCUUGAUGAGGUUUAUCCUCCAAGUUUGGCGACGCCUGAUAUUCUUAGAGGUACUCCAUUGCAUGUUUACUCCUUAUAGAGGUUCAGAUUUGACUUCCACUCCCGCCAAGGAACCAUAAACCAAUCAGAUGCAUAUGAACUAUCCGAUUAACCAAUCAGAUGCAUUUGAACUAUCUGAUUAACCAAUCAGAUGCAUUUGAACUAUCCGAUUAACCAAUCAGAUGCGUAGUUAUUAUCCAGUGAAAGGUAGUGGUAGUGAAAAUCUGAACUUCUCUAUUAUAUGCAUGGCUGUUGAAUGUUGAAUGUUGGCAUGACCCUGGUAAGCCCUCAGUUAUUUACGAUUUCUUUAUGUUUUCCAUUCAGACAUGAUGAGCAGCAUAUCAGAUGAGGAAAUACCAAGCAGGUAAGCUGACUUUCGGGAAACGGUCCGCCCUAGUAACCCUUCGACUUGCCCGCCUUUAAGCUGCGUCGUUCGCAAAUUUAGCUCUCCGCUGCAGGGAAAGAUGAUAGCCUACCCCCCCUUUACUUUUAACAUCAAAAUCAAUUUUACAAUUUUUAUCAAACUACAUGCAUAUUUCUAAUAGCGCUAUAUCACCCAAUGUUUUGGAUGAAAUUCAAGUCAUUGAACCACAUGUUGACGAAUCUAGCAGACAGCUUUACGAGGUAGAGUAUAGAUAUUUCUUUCGCAAUACAUCCACUGAAUGAUAUAAAGUAUAAUUUGUGCGACCGUAUACUGAAGGUGAUGGAAGUACGGGUGGUGGUUCUUGCGGGCAUAUCGUUAUGUUAUGGUCACAAGGCGGUUAGGGAUGGGGUUGUGAUUUGGGUAAAGAACAAAGAAAAAUAUAUUUGUACGAGCAACAUCAACUUCGUAAGUUGCGAGGUUAGAGUUAGGAACAUAAUCAACAAAUUCACCCCACCUUUCAUAUCCUGGAGUGGACUAUCAAAGUGGAUCAUGUCUUUUUUUUAAUGUUCUUUUGUUUCAAAUCCUUUCCUAGGACUUAGAGAAAGAGGCGGAAAAGGUCUCUGAUUGGAUUAAUGAGACAGAAAAAACAGAGACUCUAGCUUUAUAUUUAGCACGAAGAGGAGCUCUCUACAGAAAGGUUUGUUAUGCCGUAAUUACUCGAUUUCUAAGAUUCUAAGAAUUUAGUGAUAUAAUUUUGAUUUAUAUUUUAAAGAUUUAAAGGACUUUAGUUAAUAGUUUUCAAUUCUGCAGGUAUAAGAUUACUCCGAAUAUAAAUUAUUUUCAGUAUUUCUUUCACAUCAUUUUACAUGCAUCUUUGUAUUUUUUAUCUCUGCAGCUCGGUCACCUGAAGAAAGCUUGGGAUGAUCUUGAGCGGUAAGUACAAUAAUGUUAGAAGAUUAAGGAAUAUUAUCUGACAACUAAAGAAUUGAUUGACAUACAACAACAACUGUGUACGACGCCAACAACAACAAACGUUAUUUUACUUCACGAAUGUUGGGAAGUUGCAUUGUUAUUUCUCGCAUUAAUCCUAAUAAUAAAAUUAUUUUUUCAAUUUACAGUUCCAUCGAACUAGAACCUCAACUGUUAAUCAGUCGUUGGCACCGGCAUCUCUUGCAUCUUUUAAAUAAUCACCCUAAGGUUAGUUUCACAAAUAUUUCAGCUAUGCAGGCGUAGAGGAGUGUCUGUGUAACAAUGGAAGUAACGAAUAUAAACACGAGGAAGUAAUUUUCUAACUCAGUGAUGUGUUAAAUAUAACAAGAUAUAUAUAAUGAUGAUAAGGGUUACCAAAUCUAACAACCUAUGUUUGUUCUUUGUAGAAAGCGUUGGAAGAUUUACAAUAUAUAACGAAGCGAAACAACAAAAUUGUAAAAGUAUUUUUGUCAAAGUGAGUGUUCUUAUGGUAACAACGUUAUCUAUGCAUGACUUAUAGUGAUCCUAAGUACAUGUAAUUGUGAGAGUGAUUCUUCAUUAUGAAAUAACAUUUGUUAGUGGAACGUCAGUUUUGUAUAUGAUAAAUUUGCUAUAGAAAUGUUACAAUUUUGCCUGAAGCCUCGUUCUCGGAAUGGUGUAUUGGAUAGAAGCCUUGAAAUGUCCUUAACUAUAUACUGAUAUUUUUAGGGCUGAGAUCUACAAGCAAGAAGGAGAUAGCACGAUGGCAAUCAUAAAUUAUUCUCAGGCGGUCAAACUAAAUCCUGAUGAUGCUGAGAUCUAUUAUAACCGAGCGGCACUGUUUGAGGAGGUACACGUCUGAUUUUAUUAUCUUCCAUGGAGGAUAAUUUAUUCAGAGACUCAAUUUUUCAUUUUCUUCUACAGAAAGGAGACAUUGUUCUUGCUUUGGAAGACUAUAGAAUAGCAGCUGAUCUUCAGCCUAGUAAAACAGACGCCAUGUUUAAAAUUGGUCAAUAUACUUUUAAACAAAAGUAAGUUCUCUUCAAGUGUUUAAGGCUGUUGGUGUCUUCACGACUAUUAUACACUUUCUCAUCAACGUUCUUUUGUUCUUUGUGUGCAGGCAUUGGCUAGGAGCAGUAAAGUGUUUUACAGUCAUGUUGAAACAAGAUCCUCUGGAUGCAAAAGCAUACCUGUUUAGAGGAAAAUCCUAUGUACAACAGGUACUUUGAUUGUAUAUUGUAUAAUGAACAAACUUUCGUUGGUGGGGAUGCAACUACCCGAAAGCAUAUAAGGAGAAUUUCGACGUUUCGAGCGAAGGCCCUUCGUCUGGACUUACCAGCCAUGCAGACGAAGGGCCAAAUUAUUCUAUUAUCAUGGAAAUAAGUAAGUGAAUUGUGAAGAUUUUUACCGACUCAAUAAAUGUAGAUGUAGAAAAUUGAUUGGCUAACGAACCGGCACAACUAAAUAAUCACGAAACUUUAUUUGAAUGUUUAUGGUAAUUUUGUUGUUUUAGGGAGUUUUCAAGGCAGCCCUGAAAGAUCUAUCUUCAGCUGUACAUUUAGAUCCUAGAAGUAGCGAGGCUUUCUUUCAUCGUGGCUGUUUACUUCGCAAGUAACAUGGAUUAAAUAUAUUUAGAAAGUACAUCUCUCCUAAACUUCGUUUAAAUUUAGGUUAGGUUAGGUUAGGUUAGGUUAGGUUAGGUUAGGUUAGGUUAGGUUAGGUUAGGUUAGGUUAGGUUAGGUUAGGUUAGGUUAGGUUAGGUUAGGUUAGGUUAGGUUAGGUUAGGUUAGGUUAGGUUAGGUUAGGUUAGGUUAGGUUAGGUUAAAGUUCGUUUAAGUUAAAGUUCGUUUAGGUUGGGUUGGGUUGGGUUGGGUUAGGGUUAGGGUUAGGGUUAGGGUUAGGGUUAGGUUAGGUUUACCAGUUGUUGUUGCAGUUGUUAUUGUUAUGUGAUUAAAUUUUUUUCUGUGUUGUCAGGAUUAACCCUCAAAAGGCGAUUCAAGAUCUGAGUGUGUCGUUGCUACUUGACAGCAGCCUCGCUAACGUUAAUGCGUUUCUACAUCGUGGAAUUAUUUACACGGAUUUGAAAAGGUAACAAUUCUUAAAACACGACUAAAGCCCGAAUGAAACAAGAAUGAGAGUGUAUGAGAGUUGCCAAUCAUGUGAUCUUGGUUAGCUGUUGAAAAUGCUUUCCCAACACUAUCAUGUACUCUAUUUAAAGGGGCCCUACAGUCAUUUUUUAGUCGAAAAACCACCUUAAGUAGGGGACUCCACGAAGAUUCGUUUGGCUGUACCUUACAUGCAGUAUCCAUGAGUAUGAGUACUUCCACACCGGAAGACGCAUGCAUGCCGUGGUGCGCAUGUCAAGUAGCGACAAUAACAAAAAAAUGUAAACAAUACUUAAGGUGGCUUUUCGACUAAAAAUGACUGUAGGGCCCCUUUAAGUUAGAACGUAUUUGAAACACUCAUCAAAUCUUGAUGUUGUUAAUUUGAAAUGUCCCCUGGAACAAUGCGUGACUGGCAACUCUCAUCAACGUGGCUUAAAAAGUAUAAAAACAAGUACCAUUUGUAUUUCUACUUCUUAGGUGGGACGAGGCUGUGAGCGAUUUUGAAUCCGCACUGCGACUGAACAAAUGUAUUCCUAGUGCGCAUGUCAACAUUGGUCUUAUCGUCAUUACGAAGCAUGAGAAUUAUGCCAGGUAAACUAAUAUAAAUUAAACCAGACUAAGCUAAUGACUUCGUAUAUACUGCAUGGAGCUCUAAACUUUUUUCUCAUACCUUAUGUGAAGAUUCAUCCUGAACUUUCUUUGUCCCCGCACUGAUCUUCACUACUUUACCUUUUCUUUGUCCAUAUCUUGUUUAUUUUUAUAUUUCAGAGCAAUCAAAAGGUUUUCAGCUGCAGUUCGAGUAGAUCCUACAUAUGUACGAGGUUACGUUUGUCGCGCUGAGGCUUAUGAUAAAGUUGGUCACGUAAGUAGUUUUCCACUCACGUUGAAAGUACUGGACUAUAAGCAGCCCAGAAAAGCAUGGGCGUACCGGGCGGGGGGGGGGAGGCAGCCCCCCCAGUUUGUUGGGCAAACAAAGCCAGUCGGGCAAUAUUCGCUUCACAGUCGGGCAAUAUUGGCUUAUAAAAAUAAAUGGGACAAAUUCUGUCAAUUUUGUGGGAAAUAUGCUAUCUAAUAGGAAUUUUUCGUAAUCACUCCCCCCCGUGGACAAAUCACUCCUCCCCCCCAUGCAGAAAAGUUCUGUCUAAUUUGAACCUAUGACCCUCCACGUUCUUGACGGUGGUUUAAUGAGCCUUAAUUGAAUUGCGUUCGUGCAUAACUGACAGUCUCCAAUGGAGUCUCCAAUGGCUCAGUGGUUAGAUUAUAUACAAAUAACAGUUUAGAAGUAAUAAAGCCACCCAGCAAUGUAAAAAAUUGUUUUCUACAGCUUAAAGAAGCUAUCGAUGACUUCACGAGAAUAAUUCAUUUAAAUCCGAACAAAGCUGAUUGUCGCAUGUCAAGAGUAAGUAUAUCAUGCAGAAAAAUUUUUUGUACAAUUUUUUUGCAUUUCCUGCCACUUCAAUUAAAAUAUUGCAAACGGACUUUCCUUUUGGUUUCACUUGCGCUUCUAUUAAUGCAAAUGUUUGCUUUUUAUAGGGCAAACUUUUGUUGAAGCAAAAUAAAUUAGAACUUGCAAGUUUUCACAUCAGGUAAUGUAUUAUAGUUCAUGUUUAUUCAACUGCGUGUUUUGAAUAAAACAGUGACGUGUUUUGUCAAAACAGGUUUUUUGUUUUUAGACAAGCUGCAGAAUUAAGUGAAGGUCUAGGUGGCUCAGCAACUCAGCAAGCUAUUGUUCACGCAUUUCUACAAGAUCACGAUCGGGUACAGUAUCAAUACAUACAUACCUCUACCUCAGUAUAUAUUAUCUGUAUAUAUACCCCCCUAUUGAGGGUUCUAGAUAUCCAAUGCAGAGGGGGGUCUGGAUGGAAGGAGGGGUUUUCGCCUUAAAUUUUCCUAGAGGGUGGCGCCAUUAAAAGACUUUCACUUCUAGUGAUAUCCUAUGGGGUGGCUUCCAAAAAUUGCAUCUUUAACUUUAAUGCGGUUUCAAAAUUUCUAUAUCCUUGAGGGGAUUAUGAAGGGACCCCUCAAUAGGAGGGGGCCUAUAUUAAAUGGAAUAGCCCAAUUGUCGAAUUCCUUGCAUUUUUUAUUGGCUUUUACCAUUUCAGGCAAUAGAUAUUCUCACUCGAGCAACUCGGAUCGCUCCCAGCACGAACAUGUUAAUCCUGCUGGGUAAGACGUGCAUGAAGGCAAAACAAUACGAGAAUGGUAUUGCUAGUUUCAAGAGAGCAGUCUAUAACCUGGUAAGAACAAACGUUUUGUAUUAUAUUGUUCACUGUUUAUAUUUACUCAUCCAGUGAAGCAGUGUUUUAUAAUAUACAGGGUGUAUAAAAACGAGACCUUUAGAUAUCAAGCUAUAGAUUUCCAUUCCCGCGCAUAUUACGUUAUCCAAUCAUUUUUUUCUAGACUCCUUGGCACCCACGUAUCCAGAUGCCAUUGCAAGCUGCUGAUGUAUAUUUUAUGAUUGGUACAUGUUAUACAGAACUGGACAAUCUGAUUGGGGCACUCGAUGCUUUCAAUAAUGCUAUUAAAGUCAAUCCAGAUUAUGCUGAGGUUAGUAAGUGUGAGCCAUGUGGGUAUGUCUGCAACCCCCAUUAACCCCCCCCCCCCCCCCGUAUCUACUACGGCCCUGAUAAAGUUGUUCAUUCAUUCAUUCUUUGGAUCUUUCUCCUCUUUAUUUUUGUACUUACGAGUCCAAACAAUCGUACUCUCGCUUCUCUUGUGUUCUCGAAUGUACCAACAUGCAGCGCCCAUACCAUCUCUCUUUAAGAUAAGCUAGAUUGAUAAAAUCAUGCAGUUUCUACGGAGCCCUGUAUCAAAUUAUCAUUGUUCCUCUACAGGCAUAUUACAAUCGUGGCCUGACGAAGAUGAAAUUAAAACAUGCCAAAAGUAUUCACGAUUUCAAUCGAGCUUUGGCCAUUAAUCCAAAAUUAUUCCAAGCCUUUUUAAGUCGAGCUGCAUAUUAUGGUACAAAAGCUCGGUUUUCAAAAGGAAUCAUGAAUUGCAACGAGGCCAUAAAACUUCAACCAAGAAGCGUUCGGGCUUACUUGUACAGGUAAAUAUUGAAAAAUGAAAUUAAAAAGCUUUGUAUUAAAAAGUGUUGACCUUAUUUAGUUAUAACUAACAUUUUACAUGUAGUAUAUAACCAUUUAGUCUGCUAAUUUUUUUAGAGGUGCCCUGAAGUUUCAUAUCUCUGCAUAUAAACUUGCUGUACGCGAUUUAACUGAGGCCAUUGCUAUUGACUGUACAUGUUUACUGGCUUAUUUCAACCGAGCUGUUUGUUAUCAUGCUAUGAAAUAUUAUCAAAAGGUAUACACAGAGUAGAGAUUAUCUUAAUUAUGUAGAGUAGAGGUUAUCUUAAUCAUCUUAAUAAACUAUCCUAAUUAUAUCUUGAUUGCCUUAUCGUUUAGUUCAAGUGUGUUGAUUGUGAUUUUUUUCUGUGCUUGAUUACUUUAUUUGCUUUCAGGCCCUUAUUGACUACAGCACUGUGUUGUUAAGUUCUAACGAUCUUGACAUGAAGGUAACGUCUUCAUCUACAGGAAGGGAGGGAGGAGUAAUUUCUUUUGGUUAUAUUUUUAUUUAUUUUAGUUAUUUUAUAACACACAUUGUUUUAGGUUUUACACAACAGAGGUUUGCUGUACUUGGACCUUAACGAUAUGGAAAACGCUUUAAAGGAUUUUUCGGAGGCUGCCAAGGUGAAUUAGUACUUCUGCAUGCCAAGAUAAAAAAAUGCACUAAUGCAUACUAUACUUUCAGUUUGCCAAAUACAAGUCCAUUAAUAAGUAUUUAUUCCGUUUAGGUGACACCAAACAACCCAAGAAUUCUUCAUACACUUGGGUUAUGUUACCACAAGUAAGAUAUUUUUGUUAACCAGUCCCAGUACCAUAUUAGAGAGGUUCGGAUUUUGACCAUUAUUUAACCAAUCAGUCGAGUUUGAUCUACCCGAAUAACCAAUCAAAUGAAUGCAUAUUAAGCCUUAUGAGAGGUAGAGAUAGUGGCUACCCCCUUCUAUGACCGCCUAUGGAGAACUACAUAAUUGAUUGUUACCUUGCUUUUAAGGUUAAAUCGUUUGCAAGACUCGGUCAACUCGUACACAGAGGCAUUACACUUUGAUCCAUUUUUCAAAGAAGCGUACAUUGGACGAGGAAAUGUAUUGAUGGAUUACGGGCACAGUAUUGCGACACGAUAUGCAAGGUGAGAAACAAGAGCUUGAAGGGAGAAAAUUCUAUGAUUGGAUCUCAUCAUCUUAUGAUAUGCAGGUCUUUAAUAUAAAUGUAAUUACAGGUUUGACUACUUGAAAGCAUUACAUAUUGAUCCGUUAUGUUUGCCAGCCCGAGUAAAUCUUGCCUACAAUUUGCAAGUGAGUAUCUUUCAAAAGAGAUUAUUUAGUCUUAUGUAAUAAAUUUUUAAUUAAGAAUGAAUUUUAACCUAUUAUCUCGAUUCUUUUUGCUGGUAGAAAAUAUAAAAUGACUUUUGACCCAAGUUUUUUUAACUAACGAAUGUUUGUAUAUUCUGAUUAUAGGUUGAAGGAAAAUUCAAGAAAGCGUGGGAUCAAUUCAGUGCUGCUCUCAGUAUAAAUAAAGGUACAACAUGCACUCAAUCUUGUAUUUAUUAAUAUUCCAGUAUUGUACCACUGUUUACUAAUUUGCUACUCUUCUAAGAUUCUCAAGCUGCAUUAGAAGGUCGAGCCAUUGUCAAUUUGCAGAUAUCGAACACCUUCGCUGCUUUUGUUGACAUGAAUGACUGUUUGAAGGUAUGAUAAAGAAAGUAUAAGUAAUUUGAGGAACGUUCAGUGUCUGGCUCUCGCAGCGGACACGCGAGUUGACUCAUGGGAUGAGUGGAAAACAGGCUUUAGGGUAAGGGUAAGGGUAAGGAUUAAGUCGGCCUUCCAAAACAGAAUGGCAGAAUGCAGUCUUCCCGGACUUUUUAGACAAAUUUUCAAUCGCAAGUUGCUCCGUAGUAAGGUUUAUGGGUUUUCCAUUCCCAUUUUUGUGUCUGUCAUUCCCAGUUCCAGGAAAUCAAAUCUCAUUUUCCCAGUCCAAAAAUAGGCAAAUCCCAACCUCGUUCCAGGCUUUUCCCUAGGUUGGGAAAAAAUCCCAGUUCCCGUUAUACCUCUAACAAUAUCGAACCAAACCACCAGGUGAUCUUGAUACGCGGAAAAGUACUGGCACUAGUUGUCAAAUAGAAAUCCAUUUUAUGAUUAAAACAACUGAAUAUCUCCUGUAAUAUACUUUAUUUCGAUUCCAUAUUUUUGUCAGAGCUAUAGUUCUCAUAACCAAACAUAAUUACAAAAUUUCAACUAGUUUCAUAAAGAAUAACGAAAGAUAUAAUUGACUGAAUACAUCAAAAUGGAUUUCUAUUCGGACAACCCUUUCUGAGCGCUGAUUGGCUAAAAUACGAACACGAGAUCACCUGGCACCAUACAAUAAUAUACUUGGUUGAUUUUAGAUUUCAAAGACUGCAGAAUUAUUAACGAACCGAGGUGUUGUUCAACAGGUAUUAUAAAGUAAUAUAUUAUAUACGUUUUAUUUUGGUUAAAUAUACUGCUAGUUAACAUACAUCUUCAAUAAUUCAUCGAUUCUUAACUUUACUAGUUUAUGGGUGAUACAGUAAAUGCAAUGCGAGAUUAUCAAGCUGCAAUACGCUUGGAACCAGAUUAUUCACUGGCUUAUUACAACGCUGCUAAUCUCUACUUCAAACAGAGACAAUUCCAACAGGUAAACACUGCUAGCUGAAAUGUGCAGAAAAAAUUGAUUUCAUUUUCAUCCACAUCAUAAAACCUUGGACUGUGCUAAUAUAAGCCAAGGGAUGAGUGAGAGUGGGAUUUUCAAAACAAUGAAAAGACAAUGGAAUGGCAAUAUUGUUAUGUUAAGAGUUACGCAAGCGGCCUAUUGUAGAAUACUACUACUUUGAAUCCCAAGUUUCUCUGACCCAUUAAAAUGUCUAAAAUUACAUUUGUUUUGCAAUACAGUAAGGUAAGCAGUAGUAGUACCGAGAACCAGAUAGCUGAUGUGCAAUUAAUGAAGCAUGCUUUUAUUCUAGGCGUUGUCCUAUUAUGAGAAAGCAUCAUCAUGGAAUCCACAGGAUGAAAGUGCCAUAUUGAAUGCAGCUAUUACUAAGGUAAAGCAGAUUUUUACCCAAAAUUGGAAAUACUAUCAUGAGCAAAUUAAAAUGCCAUAUAAUUGUUGCUAUGUUGAGUGCUAUUUCAUUUUUUCCAGGUUUUGUUAAAACAGUUCGACUCAGCACUUUCCGAUUUUGAAAAAGCAAGUGAGUAGUCAGCGGUACACUAUAACUGUAUCUUUGCAACUUGCAACCGUCUGGGUUUUUAAAGCGUAUAUUAGUUGAAAUAACUUUCAUUCUUUUUAAUAACCACAUGUAGCAUUCGUAAUCUCCUUAUUUUUGCUGUAGUUGAAUUGAGUCCAUACUCCGCACACAUUUUCCUCAAUCGAGGUAAUCUGUACGCGUCGCUGCGUCAGUACGAACAAGCAGAGAAUGAUUACACACAUGGUAAGAUUUUAUAACUUCAGUUUCUCUUCCUGUGCCAGUACGAGUUGUUAGAGACAUAUAGUGGUUUGUACCUCUACGACUGUAGGCAAUAUGCAGUUGUCUGAUACGAACAACUGGAUUUUCUAGCAUACCUGAAACAGAAAUUCGAUCUUUCGAGUGCCCUUCGUCUGAGUACAAACUCUGCUGUUUAGAAUAAUAUCGGGACCCCUCCCCCAUAAUCUGGAGAGGGGGCAUUAUUUCGGGAGGCGGCCCCCAUAUCAUCGGGAUGGGGUUCCCAUAUUAUAGGGAGGGGCCCUCGUAUUAUCUGGAGUGGGCAUGCUCGCAUGUAUAAUACAAUAAGUUGAUGCACUGACACUUCCACAGUCCCGAGUCAGGUUUAUAGAUAUAUUUGAUCCAUGGCCCAUAUACAUUUUGCAGCUUUAGAGCUGAGACCUGGUGAUGCGCUGACCUACAAACGUCGUGCUGAUGUUAGAGGUAAAUUGUCAAGACGAGACGAGGCCAUUGAAGAUUAUAAAAUGGCGAUUGUUAUCCAGACUAGUACAAAGCAAAGAUAAUCAGGUUUUAAUCACAAUAUUGACCAGGAAGUAUUUUAACACAGAGUUGAACGGCGUUUUUUACAAUCAGAUUUGAUAAUAUAUGUAUAUAGUUAUUUAUUUAUAUUAUCUUAUGUAGAGAUUAAUAUGUAUUUAUAUAAGAAAUGAAAUGAGGAUAUUUCAUAUUUUUCAGUGAAGAUUGAAACUCCAUUACAG